AUGAGUGAAGCUGAAGAUGUUUGCGGAUGUUUUGUAUGUGCUGUGCUAUGUAGUGUAUGUUGCGUGGCAGCAGCAGAAGAAGAUAAACGAGAACGAGAACGUGCAGAAGAAGAGGCACUUCGAUUAAAGAAUCCAGACGUGGUGAUGGUGAAUCCAGUGGCAGUCCCAACUCCAUUUUCGCACUUGCAGAAAGCGACACAGCGAGAGAUGGCAGCUUUUCCAAUGUUGGAGACAAAAGAGACGACAUCGAAGCGUAUGAAAAAGAGAGGGAGGAAAGCAGAAGAUCAAACACUUAGAAAUGGGCAUUAA